AUGUCUGCGACACUAAAGCAUCCGUCCCACCACCUUCUUCCUCGUUUCGUUCUGGAAGCACACCUCCCACUCUUGCUGACGACGCAGCAUUUGGAAGAUGAGCACACUCAGACUGCGCUUCGAACUCAGACUGCAAUCCGAGCCUACUCAUCCCGAUUUCUAACGCCCGACUGCCCUACUGAUAAUCUCGACGCCGAAGGUGGGCAAGCUGCAUACAAUGCUCGUCUGGAGUACGAGCCACCUUUUGGCCGCGCUUUUCGCAGCUUCACUGGUCUCCUCAGCUACAGUGGCCAACCAUCAGUCACCCUUCUUCGAUCCCCUCCAUUCUGAUCUCGCUCAUGUGGAAGGAUCUGCACAACGCUUCGGCCUCACUCCCUCAGGACUUCAUAUCAACUCGGCCUCUGGACAUGCCUCCCGCCUGCUCCUCCACUUUCAUUCGGACCACUACGAUGACAUCCUCGCAGCCAAAGAUGACGCUCAACCUAUUUUGGAGUGGACCCGGAUGCAAAAGAGGGAUUGGGAAGAGGUAACGCUGGGAUGCGGAGCCAAGAGAGGCGCAGUGGGAGGCGUUGAGAGCUGUAGAGAGGACGACCUGCGCGCCAAAGGGACGAGUGAGCUGAGACAAGAAGUUGCCGAUGGUCUACUAGUCGACGCUGGCUGCACUCCCACAGAGGUCCACCCUGAUGGGAGAGCUUACUUUGCGGACUGCGCUCCCGCGCAUGAGCUUCUCUCGGCAAUCGGUGGGGCUAGGGAAGAAGCGACUGGUAAGGAUGUCAGUGUCGGCCUGUGGAGUGCCGUAGCUCGGCUGCGCUUCCCUGGAAGGGACAGCGCCUCGUAUCAGUGGUGGGUGGCCCACGUGCAAAUGCCAAGAGCCAGUUGGCCUUUGGUACCACCCGAUACCGAAACUGUCACAUCAGUCAAUCGCGUCGCUGGCUGUGAGUGUGUGUCGCCUGCCAGGGCUGUAUCCGAGGAGGGCAGAUUGAGAAGCCAGCUCGCUCGUCGCUUACAUUUAGCUGACUUUACUUGCUCCUGUGCUUGACAGUAAUGCAAGAUCCCUUCAUUGCCAAGGCAGGCCAAGCCAGGUCGAACGACGAGAUGAAGGGCGUGGAUCUACGCUGGUCAGGCUGGUGAGUGAUGCGGUUGAGGUUCGCGACUACUAAAGCAGUACAUUUGCUAACCCAAUCAACAAUUGCGCCGACGUUGCUCUCAUCCGCGUGAAGGAAUGGGGACGUGACAAUCAGAGUACCAGCCCCGGGUCCAGUCGCAAAUAUGUCCACGUCUGACGACGUACGCGAGUCUGCAACCGUUGGCGAAUCAACCUGGGCAUCUCUGCAAGCUCCUUGGGGUGGGCAAGUGGUCUGGAUUGGAAAUUACACCCGUUCGUUCCCGCCCCUCAACAAGCUUAACAACGAGCAGGGCAUCUGCGUAUCGAUUCGCAACGAGUGGGGCUUUGUGCUGCGCCUAUGCGGAGACAUACAGCCUCAAGUCACCUUGGGAGACCUGGUGGCUCAAGGAGAUCAUCUUGGUCGCGUCUCGCGGCUGCCGGCUUCAAGGGAACCAAGGUCCAAACGGAGGCCGGCCGACCCGCCAAAGAGAUCAGAUGCUCCUUCGAGUCGAGAGAAGAGGUAUCCUUACAGAUUCAGCAAAUUGAGAGUUGCCGUUGCUCGGCCGGAUCCCCAGUGGCAAGAGUGGAAAAGUCCGGAUGGUGGGUUGUUCGGCAUUCCCUUUGUGCCGCAUCUUUAGCCUGCUCACCGACUCCCUCCCCACUACAUGCAGAUCCUGGCUGGCACUUUUACGACCCACUGCAUGCUCUGCAAGAGUCUAGGCCGUCUUCUCCGAUACCUGUGAGCGUGCUCGCGUUCGAGACGCAUGUGAUUGCUGAUCUGACCGCCAAGUUUUGGGCAAUGUCACAGCCGUACAGCUCUCUGGAGAAAGUCUUUUUUGCAAGGCCCACAGCUACGUCCGCGCUGAAUGGCAGCUCACCGGACGUGUUCGGCACGUCCACAGACUUUUUCAAGCCCGUCCUGAGCGGCAAUGUAGAGCUGAUCGUAGCCUACGAGGCUUUCUUGCCCACUCCUGGUGAUGCCGAAGAUGGCGUGGAUCCGCUCAGCUUGUAUAAGCUCGAGUGGGCUAGCUGGAGAGAAUUGGAUCAGGGAUCUUGGACUGGCACUUGCGAACUCCCCGAUGGCGUGGGCUGGCGUCCCGCCUUUCGACCUGACACUGUAAGUCGCACAGCGAGAAAAGGCAGAAGUCGCAUUUCCGCUCGACCAUCAUUACUCACUUCUCCCGUCGAGUCGCAGCUUGGCACUGGCACCGUCGGAAGCAACCUCACUCUUCAGCAAACAAAGCUCUUGUCUCCUUAUGUGCCCCUGUUCAAAGUGGGUAGGUUCUUCCCCACCAUCUACUCGUCUCAAUUCGACGAAAAGUCUCGAAGGCUGUUCUACUCGCCUACAAGAUAUCGAGCGUCUGAUGGAACAGCCGAUCCUCGAGCCUCGUGGGACACGACGAGGGAGAGGGAUGGUGACAUCAUCAUCGUUUUCAAGGCUAGCACCUACUUCGGCACUGUGCCAUCCUGCCAAUUGCACGCUCGCGUCAAGAUAGACAACGCCAGCCGUCGCAUCCGCAGAUGA